CCUCUAUCUCUUCUCUUUCCUCUCUGUUUCUUUCCCUCUUUCUCUCUGGGUCCCCCAUCUCUGUAUUGCUUUUGUCUUUAUCACAUCACUUUUCUCCUAUGCCUUCCUUCCUCUCCUCUUCUUCUUCAUCCUCCUCUUCCUGGCGCCCUCAGCCCCCACUGAGAUGGAGUGGAAGAGCGCUUUCACCGUCACCCUCCCUAACCUCCCUCAGCUCCAGUCACUUCCCCCUCUCCCUCUCUCCAUCACCCCCUCCGCCCCUCCCCUCUUCCCUCCUCCUCCGCCCCCUCACCUCGCCGCCCCCGGCCCUGUUGGCAGUGCCUCCCAGCAGGCGCGCCCGUCGCACUACUCCUUCACUGUGCCAGCCUUUGUCCGUGCCCACCCUCCAGCCCUACCCAAAAUCUUCCAACCAGCUGCUGGAUCAGCACCCAUAUAUGUCCCUCGGCGACCUCAGAGGGGCUCCGGUGACCCUAGCCUGAUGGACCCCAGCCCCCCUGCUGGGACGGCCGCGGCUGCCCCCAUCCCUCCCCUCCCCAAACCAAGACCCCUGUCCUUCACUGGGCCCGGCACGCCUCCUCACCCCUCGGCCCUCUCCUCCACACCCCCCCAUGUGGCCUCUCCACCCGACGCUGUGCAGACAGCAUCCUGGCAGAAAGAAUGGCGGCCGCCCAAAAACACUACCCCCCUCGCCCCUGUGCCUGUCCCCUAUUCCCCUCCAGUUCUCUGUCCUCCCCACACCGCCACUGACGUGCCUGAGGCUGUUCCUCUGCAGGCAGUGCAAGGCUUGGAGACGCUCUGUAAUCCUCUGCCCCCUCCCCCUGUCCAGACCCCUCCCUUACCUAUGCAAGCCCCUCCCCUUGUCCAGUCCUCUGUCUCUGUGCCUGUCCACCCUGCUGCUGUACCCUCUGCUAAUGCUGUCCAGUCUGCUACUGUCACUGUGCAAGCCACUGUCCAUACCCCACCGCCCUCAGGGGAAGCAUCUCCUGUAGCUCUGGCCUCAGGCCUUGAUUGUCUUGACCACUCUAUGGAGUCAGAUAUGCCACCUUUGAUUCCUCACUCUGCGCAGACCGCUUCCCCUGCUCGGUCCUCUCCCUCUAGAAAGGCUCCUCGCCCAGUUCGGCCUCCUCCUCCUCCUCCUGACCAGGCCACUCCUCCCGGUCUAGCCCCACCCAAUAAGCAGUCUCGACCUGCAGGUCUAACCCCUCCCCCUGAGUACUCUCCCCCCUCUGGUAGCUUUCCAUCUCCUGAGAGCGUUAACCCUGUGCUGCUUCCUCCCCCUAUCCCCCCUCGAAAAGGCUUCCCUCUUCCUCUGUCCUCACCCCCUGCCUCUGCCCCUGGUCCAGACCCCUUCUCUGGCUCCGAUCACCCCCAUCCUCCCCUCCAGACACCAUCCUCCACCCCGGCUGUAUCACUGUCUGAUCCACCUGUCCGUGCUCGCGUCCCUGUUAGCAUCCCUGCUCCUCCUGUGGCUUCCUCUCUCAGACGCUCCCUCUCUCACUCCCUCUGACUCUGUCCCAGCAUCCUGCCCCAGUUCUGCGUCUCCUCCGGUGUCUCCUGAUGUCUGUGUGUCUCCCGUCCCCUGUCACCCCCUUCUUCCCGUUGUCUCUGAUGCUUCCUGUGCCGCUCCUGAUGCCGCUGCUCCAGCUGUUGUCUCCUCGUCAGACUCUAUCCCUGAGAGACCCCUCCAAACCUGUGAGUGGAGGCACCAGGUGGUCCCCACUGUGGUGCGUCCCAAUGUCAGAAGACCGCAGGUCAGCCCUGCUGUGGAGAGCCCUGUCCCCAUGCCUGUGUCCUCUCCCCUCUGUCCCACUCCUGCUCUGCCCUCUCCCCUGCCGUCCGCCAUCUCUAGUCCUCCUCCUCAGAACCAGGUCCCCAUUUCCUUGCUGCCAGGCCCUGUCUCUGCUUCCCUCUCUGACACGCAGACAGAGUACCAGAGACAGUUGAGCACACUGACAGAAGAGGAGCUCUCCAGUUCAAUAAGUCCAACGGAAGAAAAACAAAUGAACCUUGGUCGCACAGAAUCAAGAGGCUAUGAGAGAAAACGGGAAGGCGACUCUGUGUUUGGACUGGAGGUUGUCAAGGCAGCAAAAGGACCAGACAGUAUGACAUCUAUGCUGCCAUCUAGUUCAAAGAAAUCCAGUCUCUCAGAAUUGACAUAUUUUGAGCUGCCAAAAACACGAAGUGAUGGCCCAAAGACACCUCCCAUAGAAGCAUCCCUUGACCCCACCUCUCACCCUGCCUCACCUGUGAGCUCAUCAUCAGUGGUGGUAUCUGCUUCCCCACUAGAGUCUAAAGAGGCCCCCAACACCUCUGCAUUUGUUUUGAAGCCAGCACAUCCUUCACCCCCUAGGUCGGUCUCUGGACAGGGUGCUGUGGUUGCCCCAGAGAGAGACAAGGCAGUUCUUCCCCUGUCUGUGCACCAGUUUCCACAUAGCGCUUUGUUAGAGGGAAAGGAGUUGAGAGACUGGAGAGAAGAAACACAGACAGGAAAAGAUUGGAAAGAAAGGAGGGAAGAAAAAGAGCAGAAAGUUACUUUCUCUUCUGAGAGAGAAGCAUCCAAGAGCAUAGGGGAUCUUGAAAAGCCUCACUCAGAUUGGGGACCUAAUACCAUGGUUGCUUUGCUGCCAUCUUGUCCAAGAGUCUCCAGUUCUCCUGGGUUGCCAUCCACAAUGAGCCAUAGUACAGAUGAGGCCCAACUUGAGUGGACAUUUGAUAGGAAAGUGCUGUUGGAGAAGCCAUCCAAAAGCAUCUCCAAAGUUGCUAUCCUUCAGGCCUCUGCACCAGAGAGCUUAAGCAAAGACGAAGAAGAGUAUGCAGAUACAAAAGGUGUGACAUACUUAUCACCAAGUUGUCCAAGAGAAUCUAGGAUUCCAGGACUACCAUCUACACACAUGCUAAUGGCAGAUAGUCCAAGGGUUGUCAGAGAUCCAAACAUGGUGGAUCUUCUUAUAACCUGUCCAAGAGUAUCUAAUAUUCCUGGUAUUCCAUCCUGUCAACAAAUGAAGGUGGAGGAGCCAAAGGAAUGCUUGUGGUCUGAAAGUAAGAAGCCAUUAUGUCAACCCAGUUGUAGAGAAAAGGUGUUGGUGUUUGAUUCCCCAGGCAAAGCAUAUGAAGACAAAGAAGCCAGAGGGCAUAUGGUGGCUAUAGUCCCAACUUGCCCCCAAGAAAGCAGAAUUCCAGGUUUUCCAUCUACACCAAGACCAAAAGUGAAUCCAAGAGUUCAAAUGCCAAGUAUGAUUGAUAUUUUACCAACAUGCCCCAAAUCCACACAUAUUCCAGGAUUGCCAACUGUAAUGGUCUCAAAUGAAACACUGUCCUUGAAGUGGCCAUCUGAAGAUAUUGUAUUUUAUAAACCAUUUAAGGGAAAACCAAGGAUCCUUCAUUUUCAUGACCUUGGUAAAUUCUAUCAUGAUAUGGAAAUGUUAAAAACUAUGGUGGUUCUGGUGCCAACUUGUCCAAGAAAAGCUAGAAACCCUGGUUUUCCAUCUGUUCCAAGAGACCCAGAAAAGCUACACCUAAGUAAUGCUCCAAGCAUGGUUAAUAUUUUACCAACUUGUCCCAAAUCCUCAGGCAUUUCUGGGCUACCUUCAAGAUUACAUACAGGCUCUGGUGGCUGGUUGACAUGUAACUCAUUGUUGUGGGAUAAGCCAUUGAAGAGACAAGCAUCUGGGAUACACCACUUUUCAGCAGGCCUCUUGCCCUUGGAGAAAAAUGUUAACAUGUCAAACAUGAGGCCAUCUUGUCCCAAAACUACAAGGAUACCUGGUUGUCCUUCAGCACCACGGCCUGAAAUAUGCAGGGCUCCUAGUAUAGUGAACCUUGUGCCCUCGUGCCCGAAAGUUUCUAAAAUUAUGGGCUUCCCAUCAAUCAAGGCUCUUAAGGCAGAACAAGAUAUGCCAUGGUGGUACGCAUUGGACAAUAAACUUUUUUGGGCCAAACAAAUAAAGAACACAUCCACAUUAUUUAAACCUUUACCUUCAGGAGUAACAUUAUCAAAAGAAGGUGGAGAUAUUGGAAGAUCCAUGUUUAAACUGGCCCCCACCUGCCCAGGACAAGCAAGAGUGCCUGGUUUCCCAUCUGCACCAAAGCCUGAAUUGAAAAGGGCCCCAAAUAUGAUAAAUUGUUUACCAUCCUGUCCAAAGAUAUCGCGGGUCCCUGGAAUACCAUCUGCCAAAAAGUUAGUGGAAGAGUUUGAUAUCAAAGGUUGGCCUAUCAGGGAGAUGCCAUUAUGGAUCAAACCUUUCAAAAGGAAGCCAUGUGAAGCCAUAAGUUUGCAACCUGCACAGUAUAGACCAAGAGAUGAUUCUGAAAGGGAGAUAAUACAAAGUAUGCCACUCCUGGUACCAUGUUGCCCAAGAAAAGCAUCAACACCUGGGUUUCCAUCAUCACCAAGGCCAAAGGUGGACAACGCUCCAAACAUUAUGAACCUCCUGCCGUCUUGUCCAAAAGUUGCCAGGAUUCCGGGAGUACCGUCCAUACAAAUGUCCCAAAAUGAGUACGCAGCAAUGAAUUGGCCAUUAGGUGUUCAACCUUUUUGUGUUAAAUCACGUAAGAACAAAUCAUUUGAGUCUGUUCUUGUUCUACCAGUUCAUUACAGAACAAUUAAAGAUCAAAUUAUCAUCAGAGGAAUGUUCUACCUUGCACCAAAUUGUCCAGGAAAAGCCAGAAAUUCUGGUUUUCCAUCAGCUCCAAGACCCCAAGGGUUCAGGGCACCUACUAUGGCCAGUAUGAUUCCAUCAUGUCCAAAGUCUUCAAGGGUCCAUGGUCUACAAUCCACUCAACAAUCAAACACAGGUUGUGAUGCAGAGAUUAAAUGGCAUGCAGAUAUAAAACCAUUGUGGGAAAAACCACAGGACAAGGACAAGUCAUGCCUGCAUAUACUGGACUGUCCAGCCCAAUAUAGCUCAAUAAAGGACAAAUAUUUUAUGAGAACCAUGGUGUCCUUAGUGUCAUCCUGUCCAGCAAAUGCAAGUUCCUCUGGUUUUCCCUCUCUGCAAAGGUUAGAGUCCAGGCAUUUGCCAGGCAAAGCAAGCAUACUGCCAUCUCACCUACCUGGCACGGACACAACAAAAGACAAAGAUAUUGCAUUGGUUGUUGACAGGAGCCCAUGUCAAAAUUCUCUUGCUCCAAAGCCUGACUCAGUUAACCAGCCACCAAAGAUCAGUGAGGUUAUGGAAAGGUUAUUGGCAUCGACACCACUUGGACCAAGUGAAGAUCACAUUUCUGACUAUCUUUCCAUAGCCUCUAAAAGUCAUAUAGAACUACCUUGUGAAAAACUGAAAACUCUGUCACAGCCACAGGAUAUUAGUAGUCAUAAACAAACAUAUCCAUCUGAACCAGACCAUCCACCUCUACCUGCCCAUAUUACAAAUGAUGAUAAAGAAGCAAACCCAGUCUUAAUCUCUGUACCAACCCUUAUGAAGGAGAACACAGUCUUUGGGGGGAAAUAUAAAAGAGGAGAUGAGGGCACUAUCGAGAGAGGGCAUAUACAGUGCAGAAUGUGGCACUCUACUCCAGAUACACCAUUAAUUUUGACUGUUAGGGAAAGAUCUGGAAGUAUGACUGCUUUGGUGCCAGCAUGUCCAAGAACAAGCAGUAUCCCAGGAUUCCCGUCCAUGCAAAUCACUAGCACAGGCACAGGAUUAGGGAGCUGCUCAGUUGACAAAAGCACAUUGUGGGAGAAACAAUCAAAGGCAUUGCAUGUCUUGCAAGUGGACAUACCAAAAGAGCAAAGAGACAUGAUGACAGGGAUGGUGAAUUUAGGACCUUCUUGCCCAAAGAGGGCCAGAACAGAUGGUUUUCCAUCUGUAGACUCGCCAAAAUCAGUGGUCUGUCAAGUCGAAAGGGCAGCAAAUAUGGUAAAUCUCACACCAUCUUGCCCAAGUGUAGCUAGAGUCAUAGGAAUGCCAUCCAUUAGGAAUGCCUACAUCAAUGAGACAGCUUGGCCAGUUAACAAAUUCCCCACAUGGCAGAAACCUCUAAAGAGAAAAACAUCAGUAACUAUAUUGUCCACACCAUUCCCUCAAAUGUCAAAACGAAACAAAAAAAUGAUGAAAAACAUGUUUGCCAUUGUUCCCUCAUGUCCCUCAGCCUCAAGUAUCCCUGGAUUCCCAUCAGCAAGGAGAACUCAGAAAGCACAAAUGCCAUCCAUGAAGUCUCUGUUCCCAUCAUGCCCAAACAAAUCUAAUAUUGCUGGUAUCCCUUCAAAGUUAGCCCAGCCAGCAGACAAACCUAACGUUGAGUGGCUAAAUGUCAGGGGAGAUCUGUGGGUGAGGCAACCACAGAAGAGACCAGAUUUACCCAGGCAGAUAUUUGUAGAGGACACAAAGAUCUGUAGCACAAUGUGGGCUCUGGUGCCAUCCUGCCCCAUUGCUGCCUCAGUCCCUGGUUUCCCUUCGGCACCUCAGCAUAUAACAGAUAAGCAUCAGAUACGAAAAGAGCCUGCCAUGGGAAAUAUUGCACAUGCUUGCCCAAAGUUGUCUAUAGUUCCUGGAAUGCCAUCUCAAGAUGAGACUAAUGUUGAUCAGAUUCCUGACAAAACUGUUCUAUGGGAAAAGCCUCCUCAAAUGAAGAGUUUUGCCAUAGAAAUGUUAGAGUCAGGUGAUAAAACAAUUGGUAAAGAUAUGGUGUCUUUGGUGCCUUCAUGCCCAGAAGUUGCAAGACAUCCUGGGUUUCCAUCUGCCCCACGAUCCCAUGUUAAUUUAGAGCCAAAUAUGGUGGAUAUUCUCCCAUGUUGUCCAAAGAUAGCAAGGGUUCCUGGUUGCCCAUCCAUAGAGAGUGCUGUGGCAUCAGAAAGGCCUAGUGACAUCCAGUUCUUCAUUUGGAGCAAGCCAUUAAAAGAUAAGUUGGUAGGAAUUACAGGUAUUACUUGUUACUCAGGCCCAGAGUAUAGAAAUAUGUAUGCACUUGUGCCAUCUUGCCCAACAAAAGCAUGUGCUCCUGGGUUCCCAUCAGCCCCACAACCCAAGUGUUGGGAAAUGUCCAAUAUGAUAAAUAUGACAUCUUCUUGUCCAAAAAUAUCCUGUGCUCCCGGGAUCCCUUGCACUGAGAGACUGCAGACUGGGCCGUGGCUUUUUAUCAACAUGCCAGAAUGGGAGAAACCAUUCAGAAGUCCGCAGUCAUUGGUACAGACUUCCUCUGUCCUGGAAAGUUUGCCAAAUGAAAGUCAUAUAAUGCAAAGAAUGGUAUCUUUAGCACCAAUAUGCCCGAGAAAAGCUUGUGCUCAAGGUUUCCCCUCUUCCCCGCUACCAGUAGCUAAAAAGAUGCCAUAUAUGUUUUCCCUUCUUCCAUCCAUCCCAAGAGUCAGUGGCAUACUGGGCAUGCCCUCUUCAACUAUGUUGAUUUUUGACAUAAGCCAUUCAAAACCAUGGUCAGUGCACUCAUGUACAGAGGUCAAGAAACCACUGAAGGAGAGGUCUGCCAUGAUCACUGCCUGUCAGUAUGAUAGAGAGACUGUGGCAAACAUGUUUCUCUUGAAACCAACAUGUCCAAUCAGGGCUACAAAUCCUGGCCUUCCAUCUUUAUGUAGGCCCCCAGUAGUGGAGGAACAUACAUCGAGUGCGCUUUCUCCUUCAUGCCCAAAGGAGUCUUGCAUCCCUGGAAUUCCCUCUUUACUGAUAAACCAAGCUCAAUCACAAGAAGCUGUAUCAUAUAAGCAACUGUCACUGGAGAGACCUUUGAGGGCAACACAAUUUGGAACUGCACUUCCCUAUCCCAUAACUGAUAACACAGAGGUUUAUAAAGAUAUGGUGGUCUUGCUACCAUCUUGCCCAAGACAGGCAAGGAUCCCUGGGUUCCCAUCUGCUCCUCCUCCCCCUAAAGUGGACUCUGAAAGUCUAGCUUGCCCUGAGAUAGCACCGAAUGAUCAAACUGAGAACAUUGUUAAGGUUAUCACUGAGCAAAGUGUAGUGGAGGAUACAGACGUGUCGGACUUGGUGACAUGCGAGGACAUUGAAGACACUGGAAUAUGCAUUGAAGUGAAGCAAAUAAGUGAUAUUUCAUUCAUUGGCAAACCUGGUAGUCCAGCCAAAGGGGAAUGUAAAGAGGAUGUGGUCCUUGUAGACAACCCCUCCCCAUCCUCUGCACAUGACACUGCAGACCUCUCAGAGUCUGGGCUUGUGUUAGAUUGGGAGGUGUUGGAAGCUGAGGACUCUUCUGUAGAAAAAGAGGGAGGGUCGUCAGGCCUUGUAAAGACGAUAGUUGAUGUCUUUCACAAAGGUUAUGAGACUGUUGCUGCAAUAUUACAUCCCUCAAGCCCAUCACCUCCACAUCCCACUGAUAUGGACAAUCUCAAGCAUUUCUCCUCCUCUGUGGACCCCGGUGACACUGAUGGACUUAUUCAAAGCAAGGAGGAAGCAAUGGGAGCAUCAUCAUACCUUGGAGCAGAGGAAGCAGUGACGUUUCCUGAAGCUGCAGAGUCAUAUAUGUACCAUUUAUCUGAGGGCAGAUCUGAGUCGGCCUUAGAGGAUGAGUGUUGGCUGGUUGAAGGUAGUGGUUUUAGUGUGAUGAAGAAAUGGCCUCCUCUAACAGAGCAUGAUCUCUAUGAGAUCAACAAAGAGGAGGAAUUCUCUGAGGUGAAGGAAGUGGAAGAGAAAGCCUUGUGUGUGGACUUGCUGAGCCAAACUAAAGAGAAAACGUCAGGACAGGAGGCAGACUCUGGACCAAGUAAGGUAUUGGAGCAGAGCAUACCAACACUCCCUGUUGACACAGAGGAGGAACAAAGUAAACAGAUGUUUCUGGAACAGGGUCCCGGGCACCUCAGUGCAAAAGGGGCUAUUGUUCCUUCUCUUCUACAGCCCACCACUGAGGAGACUCCACUCGUCUCACAAAGGUCUCCCAGCACUGAUGGAUCAGUAGUCGAUCUGGUUCCACCACGACGUACAAAGAGAAAAGACAGUUUAAACAGAGAGGCUGUACAGGCUGUUGAUUCAGAUACAGGGAACACUGAGAGGGUUGCUCUCUCUAGUGUUGGUAAACUCACUCCAUCUCAGCGAAGCAAGAAGGACAAGUCAGAGGGUUCUCAAAGUGUAGAGACUUCUGCUGUUGAAAGUGUGUCUUCGAUGGAGUCUUUUGAAGGUGAUAGGCAGCAGCAGGUAACUUUGUCCUUACUGGAAAUGGUAGAUGGGGUUUCCUCUAAACUUGCUGUGGAGGAAAAAGCUCCUCAGACACUGGAUAAUAAAGCUGAUUCAUCUAAAAUGCCUCAAGUGCCUACAGAUGAGAAAGAGAUAGAACAACCUAGAACUUUAGAUGUAUCUCUCCCGUUGCCACAGACUAAAAAACAACUUAGUGCCCCUAUCUCUGAUGAUUCUGUACCACUUAAAACAGAUGCGCUGGAAAACAAGGGUACAUCCAAAGACAUUGACACUCAUUCUGCUGAACACAAUCAGACUGUACCUGCAGCUUUGCCAACUGCAGAAUUUGUACCACCACCACGUAUCAAGAAAGAAACACCCUCUCCUCUUCUCACUAAAGACAAUUCUACCUCUAAAGCUCAGUCUAGAGACCGUUCACCAGCACAAAAAGAACUGGUGGUGCCCAUGAGAAAAAGGAAGGGCAGGUCUCAAUCAUGCAAAGUAUCCCAAGUAAGCGGUACUGAGACUGGGAGGGAUAUGAAGCUGGAGAUCUCAGAGUCAGAUAAAUCUCUAGACUCAGAAAUCAGGUCCACGUUUAAUGCUCAGUCUAGGGGUCGAUCACCAGGGCCGAAGGAUCUGGUGGUGCCCAUUCGAAAGAAGAAGGGCAGGUCUCAGUCAUGCGAAGUCUCUGCAGUUAGUGGUACGGGAAGUUGGAGGGAGACAAGGCUAAGGACUCAAGAGUCAGAUAAACCUCCAACCAAAGAAAACAGGUCGUCUUUUCUUCUCACAGAAACCACAUCCACGUCUAACACUCAGUCUAGGGGUCGAUCACCUGGGCCAAAGGACCUGGUGGUGCCCAUUCGAAUAAAAAAGGGCAGGUCUCAGUCAUGCGAAGUCGCUGCAGUUAGUGGUACGGGAAGUUGGAGGGAGACAAGGCUAAGGACUCAAGAGUCAGAUAAGGUUCCAGCCGAAGUAUCGGAUCAGAAGAAACCAGACACAGACAUUUCUGAGAUCAUAUCUGGAGUGAAGAUGCGGAAGAAACCUGCAGAGCUGCCUGUUCCCAUGCCCCGUGUUAUCAAGCGCCGGAGCGGAUCAUUUCUAGAUGACAUUCCAGCAACGGACAAAGAGGCCUGGGGUAAGGCCAUCACUGAGAGGCUAACAAACUUACCUGUUCCCAUGCCUCGGCUGAAGAAGCAAUUGAGUGGAUCUUUCAUGGAUGUUGCCUCAUCACAUGCAGAAUCUCAGUCAUGUGCAGUGGAAGCAGCAGUGGAGAUGGUGGCCAAGGUGAGAGAGGGCCUGUCAAAUUUACCUGUCCCGAUGCCUCGUGCUAAAAAAACGCCUCAGUGGAUCUUUCCUGGAUGAUUCUUCCUUAGCUGCAGAGUCUGGUGUUUGUGGAACAGGGGUGAGUGAAGGUCUGUCAGGCUUGCCUGUUCCCAUGCCUCGGAUUAAAAAACGCCUUAGUGGAUCAUUCCUUGAUGAUGUGACAUCACCUGCAGACUCACAGUUGAGCUCAGGUGAACCUGUAGUGGACAUUGAGGCUUGUAAAAAUGGGAUGACAGAAGGCCUUGCAAGCCUACCAGUCCCCAUGGCUCGCAUGAGGAAACGGCUAAGCGAAACUUUUCUUCUAGAUGACGUUUCACCCACUACAGUACCUCAGUCUUCUGCAAUCAAACCAGCAAAGAUAGAGGCUUCAUCGACUUUACCUAUUCCCAUGCCUCGAAUGAAGAAACGGUUAAGCGGAGCAUUCCUAGAUGACACGUCACCACCCACUGAACCGCUAACAUCUGCGGCAGAAAUGUCAGUAGACUUAGAGGCCAGAGAGAAGGCAAGCCUGCCUGUCCCUAUGCCUCGCUCCA